AUGAUGUAUAUUCAUAUCUUGACUCUCUUAAUAUUCGCCUAUUGGAUCAUCAAGAGGGCCGCCGCUUCAACUAAAGAACGACGAUUUGCUCGCCAGACCGCAUGUCAGCCUUGCCCGCGCCUACCGCAAGGAGAAAGGAUCAUUGGUUACUCUCUGUUUAGGCAAGAUGCUGCCAUUGCUCGCCAGGGAAGAUCUUUGCAAGCGGCGCAAGAUCGUUUCCGUUUAUUUGGCGACACAUUCUCUGGAGUCAUCCUGGGCCAAUUCUUCAUCAGCACAAUCGACUCGGAGAAUGCCAAGGCUUUACUGUCGAGCCAAUUCGGCGGUUUCGACAGUGGCAAGAAGAGCCUCUUUGGACCAUUCUUGGGAGAUAGCAUACUGACCACAGAUGGAGCUCCGUGGAAGCAUUCAAGGUCACUGGUCCGCCCACACAUUGGCAGAAGACAGGUGGAGGACUUCAGCAAGCUGGAAAGUUGUGUGCAAAACUUUUUCGCCUGCCUACCCGAUGACGGAUCUACCGUGGAUCUUCAACACCUGUUCUUCCGACUCACAUUCGACAACGUAGUCCAGCUCCUUCUCAAUGAAAACGUGUCUACACUGAACUGCCAGCCAGGAACCCAUCUUCACAGGGUCAUUGAAGCUUUCGACAGCGUGGGGGACUUGAUUAACCGGCGUGCCACGCUUGGUCCCUUGUUGCGCUUCUACCGCGACAAUGCGAUGAGCGGAGCGUGUGAGAUAUUGCACGACUUCGUUGACCAAAUCAUCGAAAAGGCCUAUAGGAAGCGAAAAGCAGCCAAAGGCAGCAAUCCGCCUGACUCAUUCUUGGAUAGCAUUCUCGACAGUACAGAUGACCUAGUGAAGAUUAGGUAUGAAGUAUUGGGCUUGCUCCUCGCCGGACGGGACACGGCAGCCGUUACGAUGAGCACUUUGUUCUUCAUCCUAGCACGGCGGCCUGAUAUAUGGAAGAAGCUUCAGAGAGAAGUAGAUUGCCUUGGUGGGAGGAAGCCGACUUAUAAUGACAUCAAGGGCUUGAAAUAUCUUCGACAACUGAUUGACGAGACCCUUCGGCUAUAUCCCCCGGUACCUGUACUCUUUCGCGCCGCGAACCUGACCACCAUCCUCCCACGUGGCGGGGGUGUGGACAGAAAAUCGCCAGUCCUUGUUCCCAAAGGGACUGUGAUCAGUUGUUCCACCUUUGGCCUCCACCGCCGGCAAGACGUAUAUGGUCGCGAUGCAGAGGACUUUCGCCCGGAGAGAUGGGAGAGCUUGAAUGCCCAUUGGAACUUUUUGCCGUUCAGCGCGGGCCCAAAAAUGUGCCUCGGCCAAACAUAUGCAUAUGCCAAAAUGGCCUAUAUUGUGAGCCGAAUUGCGCAGCAGUUUGAGAGGGUCGAGAAGCGGAGCAAUGAGCCCUGGGCGGAAAAAUGGUCAAUUACCUUGAUGAACGCAUCCGGGACAAAGGUCGGGAUGAUCCCGAAGUCAGCCAAAGUAUAG